AUGUCGAACUCAGUAUUCAGAAUACGUGAGCACACGCUGCCAUGCUCGUACAUCAGAGAAUAUCCGCUGGCAACGGCAGAUAGUCAAGAAGACACGCUUCAUCUUGCUAUCAAGCAAUACACCCCGCUUGACAACUUGUCACCGCAAAAGGGAGAUGUGACAAUUAUUGCAGCACAUGCCAACGGCUUCCCGAAGGAACUCUACGAACCCAUGUGGGAUGAGAUGUACAAGAAGAUGAAAGCCAGUGGUAUCAAGAUCCGCAGCAUCUGGAUUGCCGAUGUAGCACAUCAAGGCCAGUCGAGCGUGCUCAAUGAGAACAAGUUAGGAAAUGAUCCAUCAUGGAACGACCAUCCUCGAGACCUGUUCUUGAUGAUCAACCACUUCCGUGAUCAGAUGCCACAGCCACUGGUUGGCGUAGGGCAUAGCAUGGGAGGAGCACAUUUGAUAUCUCUGUCGUUGAUGCACCCUCGUCUGCUGAGCACGCUGGUACUGAUUGAUCCUGUGGUUAUUCGGGCCACUCAUCUCGGCGCUUACAAUUUAGGCCGAAUGUCUGCAAAGAGAAGAGACCAAUGGCCGAGUCGUGCAGUAGCACGAAAAGCGUUCGACAAGUCACCCAUGUUCAGAUCCUGGGAUAGACGUGUGCUAGACCGCUGGAUGGAACAUGCUCUACGAGACCUACCAACCAAACUCUACCCGGAAAUCGCAGUAUCGACAACCGUACCAGCGUUAGGCGCAGAUGUGUCUGGCAGUACCAUCUCCCCAGACCGCAAGACCGAAGUACCGGUUACGCUCAAGACGACGAAGCAUCAGGAGGUCAUGACAUUUAUGAGAGGCAACUUUGUUACGCCCUUGAAUCCUGCUCCAGACACCGCACCCAACCCAUUAACGCAUCCGGAUGUUGAUAUCGCCCUGCCACCGGUCACACCAUUCUACCGGGCGGAGAGUUUCCAUAUCUACAAGCUUCUACCGUACUUGCGGCCUUCGGUCUUGUACAUUUUCGGCACAGAGUCUGACCUGUCGACAUCCAAAGCCAAAGCAGACAAGCUGGAGGUCACAGGAGUGGGUGCGGGUGGCAGUGGAGGUGUAGCAAGAGACCGAGUCAAGGAGUUUACGAUGCAAGGAGGAUCACAUCUAAUGCCCAUGGAGCGAGUGGAGGAGACAGCCGAGCAAUGCAGCGGAUGGCUUUUGCAGGAACUGAAGCGAUGGAAAGACGAGUACAUACAAAUUGAGGCUCUCCGGGCAGCGACUCCACGAGAGAAGAGAAGUCAGAUGUCUGAUGGGUUCUUGCAGGCUCUGAGCCAGACUCAGGCAGACCAGGCAAAGUCGAAGCUUUAG